AUGUCUACCGACAACAAGCAACUUGGGAGCAUUGUUGCCUUUGAAGGUCAUGUAGAUACCAUAUCGACACAACUACGACUUCUUCCUUCUUCGCCGCAGAUUUUGAUUCUCCCCAACGUUCAGAAUUACAUCCCAAAUGAUGCGACAGAUCAUCGGUCGGAUGUUCGCCUUUAUGUCAAGAGAAUACACGAAGCUGCUGUAGCUCGUCACGAAGCUGCCCGAGCCUUCCUACAAGAAUCAACACCAACCAACAGGCGACUAGUGUUUAUGAAUGGUGGUACCUCAAGCGCUCAAGCUCUAUGCAUUAGGGUCAUUAUGGAUCAAGAGACCGAGGGGGAUGUCAACCAAGCCGAGUCCCUCUUUCAUCAAUUGACCAAAGAUGGAGUCCUUGGCCUGAACAAUUCAGUACGAGACUGGAGAUGCCCAACCAUGUUUGACUGCCUCAACAAUAAGGUCCUAGGAGAUGAGCUGGAAGAUCCCAUAACACGGGCUAUGAGAGCUGCCGAAGCCCUGGACCGACAAACGGCUAGUCUUCAACCUUCCACUGAAGUCGACCUCACUCUCACAUCGCGACCCCGAAGCAACAGCCUACCACUUUAUGGCUACAACGACAACUUUGGAGACAAUGCGCCAUUCUUUGUUUUCGGCGCUCAGAAGAAUGAAGAGGAGGGGAACGUCGCCGAAGAAGCCAGAGGCUAUUCACAUUCAACACAACCCUCCAGAUUCUCCAGAUUUUCCAUCACACCCUAUGAUCGAUCGGCAGAUCGUAUUUACCAUGGUCUCACUCACUUACAGUCCCCUUCUUUGAGAACGUCUUUUGUAGCCUCUCCAAGUUGUGUCGGAGAAUCAUACAACUUGAUGGCGGGUCCUGUGUCCCCUGGUCUCGAGGCAUUGACUCCACGGUCCGAUGUAUUGAGCAUCCCAUCCACAGAUAAUGUCGUGUAUGGCGAAGCUUCAUUACUGGACAUGCGAUCUCCAAGCUGUAGUUCUACCCUGUCACGAGUUAAGUCCUUGGACAGAAUCUACCCGGCCACUCCCAAGUAUCGGGACCUUUGUGUGCCUGCAGCCAACCCAGAGCUCGUGCGCCAGUCGCAUUUCAAUCCCGAACAAGACCUUUCCGAAACACGCCGAUUAUCCAAAGCGAUGUCUAUAAUCAGACGCAGCUAUAUAGACGCGCCAAGGACUAUUGUAGUCAAGACUAACCUUCCCGUCAUCAAGAUGGCCCCUGUCCCCUUGGAGAAGAAGCGUAAGCCUGCACGGGAAUCUUACGUGGAUAGGGGCACAGAUGCCAAAGACGUGGCCGAAUCCAAGGAGACUUUCCAGCCGGUAUUGCCUUUGGUAGAGGACCUGGUGGUUCACUUCAAGGAAGACAUCUCUGAACCUAUACUUGAUUCAGUUCUUCGUGGGUUUAAGACUGGUGGCUUUUCUACUUUCCUCCAGUCGCCCACCUCCGAGUUUGACGACUACAACGCCUUAGUGCCCGCGACACCCGAGUCUCAGAAUAUCACUGGUGUGAGAUGCAUUGAGGAUCAGUACCAGGAGCUUCCUAUUCAUAAAAAGCUUGACUUGGAAUAUGACCCAUUUGCAUACAAUCAGCCCUCAUGGCUCAGGAGAAAACCUCUGCCCAGUCUGCCUAAACUAACAGUGGAACGACCACCAACACCUGUUAGGACACCUCCGCUCUUGGUUUCAGACACGGAUAACAAGAUUCACGAUCUUCGAGUCAAUGGUCAGCAAACAGCCAUCGCGGUACAAAACUCACUUCGCUCUGUUCUUCAAGAUCACUUCCCACCAGAGACCAGGGGCUAUCGUCAGUUCCAGUUUCACAUCUUACCCGAGCUUGAGGGAUUGUGGAAGCCAGUCUUCUGGGAUACUGAGCCCAACGGUUCGCAAGGGUCAUGCCAUCGUAUUGACCAAAUCUUGGCUAUCGGGGCUCAGCGUGGUGUAAAGAGGGACUACACCUCUGCCGUAACAGGGCAACUUGAGAAGUUGGGAACCAAGCAAAGUGGUGUCAGUCGCAGUGGAAGACUGGAUUUCAGGUAUCUUCUUGCCAAUGCCAUGCAGGCUUACACGACACAACCCUUGGCCAACCAGACGAAGGACAACCCCUUCAACAACCCGUUUCUUCUUGCGACACUCAUCGUUCCUCAUCUCGAGACGUACCUUGCUCUCCAUACGGAAGUUAGGUAUCUUCUCCUCGAGUACCCACCAGAGCAUCUCUCUGCGGUGUUGGCUCUCCAGAAACUCGUUGGAAUAGAAAUGAUGAAGGUGGCUCAAAUCGUUGAUACAAGCAGCAAGAACAUGCCUUUUACUCACUUGCGCGGAAACUCCAUUACUGGCCCAGAACAAGGACCUGUAGGCCGGUUUGGAAAGACUUUCCCACCCAACUCUUGCUCUGGCCACGAUGCUACAGUAUCAAAAGCCAACUUUCUUCUCACCUCAACCGCUAGUGACGCCGAGAUUGCAACAUUUGUUGCCACUAUCUCCAAGAUCCUUUCUGGUGUUUCUUGUUUCUAUAUCCCGGAAGAGCUUCCUAAAAAAUACUCCCCGAAAAAGUCCAAGUCAACUUCCACGACAGGAAAUUUCUCUGCUUUCCCACGCAUACCAUCAUCACCAUAUAGCCCACCCAUGUCUCCAACGAUUGUGGUUUCAUCGGGAGCAACCUUUCCAGACUCAUCUGCAAUGCCGAGUCGGGCCCCCUCCAUUGCUGAAACGGUCAAGACAGCAAAGUCGACCAGGAGCAAACCAUGCCGAUCCAAAUCGAACCGCAAGCCCCUAGCCGCCGAUGCUCGAUCAAUCCUCACCAUGUAUAUCGAUGAUAGUGAUUGGGAUCAGGAAGACAGGCGCAUUAUGCCUCUGCUGGAGGAAAAGUCUAACGGACGUAAGGCAAACACUCAUAAGGCACUCAAGUUCUUGGGCUUGUCAUGA